CUGAUCGGAUAUUUUCAGGUCGGCCAAGAACAAAAGCACACUUAUUUGCCUCCUGAGGUAUGCCAUGUUGUACCAGGACAGCGUUGCAUCAAAAAACUAACGGACACACAGACAUCGACCAUGAUUAAGGCAACGGCACGGUCUGCGCCAGAACGUGAACGUGAAAUUGCCAGUUUGGUCAGAAAGGCCGAAUUUUCGGCAGAUCCAUUUGCUCAUGAAUUUGGCAUCGCUAUCAACUCGGCUAUGACUGAAGUGAAAGGGCGGGUUCUAUCAGCUCCAAAGCUGCAGUAUGGUGGCAGGAACAAAGCAACAGCAUUGCCAAAUCAAGGUGUCUGGGAUAUGCGUGGAAAACAGUUUCAUACUGGUAUUGAUGUGAAGGUCUGGGCUAUAGCAUGUUUUGCACAGCAGCAACAUGUGAAAGAGAAUGAUCUGCGUAAUUUUACUGCUCAAUUGCAACGUAUAUCGAAUGACGCCGGUAUGCCCAUUGUUGGCCAACCAUGUUUCUGCAAAUACGCGAUGGGAGUGGAUCAGGUGGAACCGAUGUUCAAAUACCUCAAACAAACAUUUUCCGGUAUACAGCUGGUUGUAGUAAUUCUACCUGGAAAGACGCCCGUUUAUGCCGAAGUGAAACGUGUCGGUGAUACUGUGCUAGGAAUUGCUACCCAAUGCGUGCAAGCGAAGAAUGUCAUCAAAACUACACCACAAACAUUGUCGAAUCUCUGUUUGAAAAUGAAUGUGAAACUGGGAGGUGUAAAUAGCAUCUUGCUGCCGGCAGUACGUCCAAGGAUCUUCAAUGAACCAGGUAUGCUUUCUAUAUCAGAAGAGGAUGGUUCAUUUUAUACCAUGGUUUUGCAGUCAUCUUCUUUGGUUGCGAUAUAA